AUGCUCAGCUCUACAUAUACCAUACGAUGGAUAUGUUCGCAGUGUCGAAGGAGCCUGAAGCGCAACUUUACGCCACUAUUCAGGCCUCCACUGCCCAAUCUUCGUGCAUAUUCCACCUCAGCUGCGCGAGAUGAAAUUACGGAUCUUAAUCGCACUCGCAACAUCGGUAUCAUUGCGCAUAUCGAUGCUGGGAAAACGACAACUACAGAGCGUAUGCUCUAUUACAGUGGCUUCACAAAAAGAAUAGGAGAUGUUGAUGACGGUUCAACUGUAACCGAUUUUCUUCCGGCAGAACGUGCUAGAGGAAUAACUAUUCAGUCCGCUGCAAUUACUUUCCACUGGCCUCCGGAGGGCCAAGGUACCUUAGUCUCAGAGGGACCAGGUGUACCAAGAUCCGCUUUGCCGCACACCAUCAAUCUCAUAGAUACCCCUGGACACGCUGACUUCACUUUUGAAGUUUUGAGAUCCCUCAGAAUUCUUGAUGGAGCAGUGUGUAUCCUUGAUGGAGUAGCUGGAGUAGAAGCACAGACAGAGAAAGUAUGGCACCAGGCUGCCAUCUAUGAUAUACCCCGGAUUGCUUAUGUCAACAAACUAGACCGUGAAGGUGCUGCGUUUGGUCGGACAGUGAGGGAAAUUGGAUCCAAACUUUGCGGCUGGCCAGCUGUCUGUCAGAUUCCCUGGUUUGAGGGCAGGGAAAACAAGUUCAAGGGUAUUGGAGAUGCCAUCUCACUCCAAGCUCUCCAUUGGGAUGCUGGAAAGGAUGGAAAGCAGAUAUCGGCUGUAAGUUUGGAAACUCUAGAACAGACUGAGAGUAAAUUUGCCGAGGAGAUAAAAAGAGCUCGCAUUGCCCUUGUUGAACUCUUGAGCGAGCACGACGAUACCAUGGUGGAAAACUUUCUAGAAUACGACGAAGAUCAUUUGGCUGUCAAACCAAUUGAGAUUUGGGAAAGUCUUAGACGCUGCCUACUUCAGCAAGACAACAGAAUCACCCCAACCUUUUGUGGCGCAAGCUUUAAGAAUAUCGGCGUGCAGCCACUUCUUGAUGCAGUAGUGAAUUUGUUGCCGAGCCCAAGCGAACGCCCUGACGCAGAAAUUAGUGUCGGAUUGGUGACCGGUGGACUACAAAGCCUCCUCAGGGGAAAGCUCUCACUGAAAAGCCUAGAUAGGCCUGCUAAGCAGAAACGGAAGAAGAAUUAUAUGUCUCUCUCGGCAGGUGCAGGAUUUCUACACAUUGUAGAAAGCUGUGCCCUCGCUUUUAAGGUAGUAAGUGAUGCCAAGAGAGGUGUUCUGGUGUAUGUCCGCGUCUACUCCGGCGUGCUCAAUCGAAACUCACUGUUAUUCAAUACAAAUCUUGACGUAUCCGAACGAGCGCCUCGACUCUUCAAAAUGUACGCCAAUGAUGCUAUUGAAGUUGAAUCUAUUGCAGCUGGACAUAUUGGGGUAAUAGCUGGUUUAAAAUAUGCUAGGACUGGGGACACUUUGGUCACAUUCGGUGGAAACAAGCAGCAUGCACCUGAGCCAUUCAAUGCCCUUCAACUUAGCCCCAUCACUGUUCCUCCGCCUGUAUUCUUUGCUAGUGUCGAGCCCCAAAGUCUCAGUGAAGAAAAGAAUUUGCAGGAAUCCCUUGCAUUGCUACUUCGAGAAGACCCAAGCCUUCACGUUACCGUUGAUGAAGACUCUGGACAAACCUUACUCAGUGGAAUGGGUGAGCUUCACCUGGAGAUUGCCGGUGAUCGUCUUAUUAAGGACUUCAAGGCUAAAGCAUCUAUUGGUAAAAUUGAAAUUGGAUAUCGCGAAUGCGUCACAACUCCUUCGAAAAAGAUAACUCGAAUUUUUGAGAAAGAGAUCGCGGGUCGCAAGGGGCGUGCGGGCUGCACUGCAAUGGUAGAACCCCUUUCGGAAGCUGGCUGCACUACAAUAGUAGAACCCGCUCAGGACGUUGACUGCACUGCAAUGGGAGAACCCCUCCAUGAAGAAGAAUUUGAAGAUGAGGACUCGGAAGAUACUGAUGUCAUCUUCACGGAAGAAAAGGAUGGCAAUCGUAUCACUAUAAAGAUCCAUGAGUUUGACGCGACGGGCGGAGCCCAGGCGUUUGAAAGUGGACUACUUUCUUACCUUACUUUAGUUGACCUCCGAAACUCGCUAUACAAUGGCUGCCUUGCUGCUCUCGCACGAGGGCCCAAGCAUUCCUUUCCCGUUAGCAAUGUCCACGCCACUCUCAUCUUUGAUAUUUCUCGGCAUCUAUUCGGGAUCGACACCACACCUUCAUCUCUGUCCGCGGCAGCCCGUCUCGCCACGCAAGCGGCUCUUAAAGAAGUCCGAUCAAAGUGCUCUCUCAUGGAACCAAUUAUGAAUGUGUCAAUUAGCGUUCCUGGAUCAAGUCUGGGAAACGUCGUGCAUGAUAUUUCUUCUUCUCGAGGUGGUCAUAUUGUGUCCCUAGAUGAGGAUACAUCUUCACCCCUGACUGGAAGUGUCCAAGAUCUCCCACCAAUUGACCUGGCUAGAAUUUAUACGCCUGAUGACCCGUUUGUCUCGUCAUCAUCAUACAGUAACACCGAACUAUCUGGUGCAAAUGACUCUCGAACUAUCUCUGCCAAAGUUCCACUGAAAGAAAUGGUUGGAUACUUGAAACACCUUCGAAGUUUGACGAGCGGAAGGGGAACAUUUGUGAUGAGUGUGGACCGUUUCGAGCGGAUGAACAGCCAAAGAGAAAAAGCCGCUUUAAAGGAACUACGAGGUUUAUAG